GAUAGAAUGGACUGUUCCAAUGAUGAGGGAAACACAUUUUUUAAAGUUCCCUUGUGUUAAGAGAGAGAGUGUGUGUGUGUACUGAGCUUGGGAAGGGGGUAGUGAAAGCAAAGGAAGAAAGUGAUGCGUGUAGAGUUAGGUGUGCCCGUGCUCGCAUACAGACGACCCAUUUCAUGUCUUUCAGCUGUGACAUCCUUGUCAGCCCAAGGCUACCUCACGCUGUUUCCCUUCAGGGAGUCUCUGGAGACGGAGGAGGCAUAGGUGUUUGGGGAAGGCAGGGUAGAAAGUAGCGUUCGUGAGGGAGAAAAGGGGGGGGGCACCAAACCUGGUGGCCCGGAAUUUCGGGAAGCAAGCCUUGGCCAUAAGGCGGGAAAGGACGAGGGGAAUCCAUAUCGAAACGGGUAACUUGCGCCUCAGGACAAAAUAUGGCACCAGCAGGAAGAAAAUCUGCAGGGAAAACAGCUAAAUCAGUGCAAGAGGAUCCAGUAGUGCAUGCUUACGAGUUUGAAGAAGAUCCUAAAAAACAUCUGAGUGGAUCUGAAGAGGACAUUAGAGAAGAUGAAACUCCAGUGAUUGAUAAACAUGGGAAAAAAAGACCUUCAGUAACUCCUCAUACAGUUGUUGAAGAUGAUGUUGGGGGAGAAGUUCAAAAUAUGCUGGAACGAUUUGGAGCUGACAUCAAUAAAGCUCUUCUGGCUAAAAGGAAAAGAUUAGAAAUGUACACAAAGGCUUCUCUCAAAACAAGCAAUCAGAAAAUAGAACACGUUUGGAAAACACAACAAGAGCAAAGGCAGAAGGUCAAUCAAGAGUAUUCUCAACAGUUCCUGCAUGUAUUUCAACAAUGGGAUGCUGAUAUACAGAAAGCAGAGGAACAGGAAGAAAAACUAGCGAACAUGUUUCGGCAACAACAAAAAGUUUUCCAACAAGCAAGAAUAGUUCAGAGUCAGAGACUGAAAACAAUUAAGCAGCUAUAUGAGCAGUUUCUAAAGAGUAUGGAAGACAUGGAGAAAAAUAAUGAAAAUCUUCUGGCAGGAGCACAAAUUGAGCUUCGCAAAGAAAUGGCUAUGUUGCAAAAAAAAAUCAUGAUGGACACUCAACAGCAAGAGAUGGCAACUGUUCGCAAAUCUCUUCAGUCGAUGUUAUUCUGAUGGCUCAGCGGAGAAACAACUUGUACCUAAGUAACAUGAUACAAUGUAUAUAUUAGUCAUGAGGGGGAAAGAGCCAACAUUUUGCAUUUGAUGUUAAAAAUUAUAUGUCUUGUUUGAAUACGUUCAUGUUGAACUUUGAAAAGACUAAUAAGCCACAACUGCAAACAAAUGAAUUCGUACACUGAUUCUUUUGAUUUGGCUUUCUCAAAGUACUGUUAUAUUUCUUUAACAUCAAAACAACAUAAGCAUCAACCUUCCUUCAUCUCAUAAGUUACAAAUCGACACAAUGAGGCUAAGAAACCCAUU